AUGGCGGCGGAAGAGUCGAGACAGCUGCUCUGAGGCGGAGGGGAGGACAUGGUGGUGCAGGAGUGGUAGUGACGGCUCAUCAUGGACCCCUCCGGACGGCGGAUACCUGCCUCCCACCUGUAGCAUCAACCGGCGGCAUGGCGAACACGACCCACGGCACUGAGGACCGUAGGGACAACCGCUGUGGUGUGUCUGGAGGAGUCAUAGUGGAGAAUGGAUCUGUAAUAAAGGAUCAAACUGUUGCUCCUGACCUCCAUCAUCACCACAUCCAUGAGCCCAGUAAGACCCCCUGCAGUGGGCCCACUCUGCUCAGUUACACACCCUCUUGCUCCUCCACUCACAUCUACUACAGCAGCCCCCAGAAAAGCUUUUCAGAGCUGGACCAGGACAACCACAGUUUGACUUCCCAGGACUCUGGCAUCCCGACUCUGGAGAUCAACCCUCCGGAGCCCAUCGUACACGGUCACCAGCGCCCAGGAGACGGAGGCCUCAUCUUGGCUUCCAAUCACGACUCUCCCGCCACUUUACCCUUGGAUGAUGAUCCUUCUGACAGCAGCACCAUCCGCAAAUCCUCCACGUUCCCCCGCAGCGGCUAUGACUCCAUCCGCCUCUUCAGCCCUGUGCUCAGGUUGUCCACCACUACGCCGACGGGGGUUGGGGGCGGGCCUUUGAACCGCAGUGAUGACAUCUCAGUGUGCAGCGUCUCCAGCAUGAGCACGGAGCUGUCGGUCUCCAAUGAAGACAUCUUGGAUUUCACGGUCACUUCGGACUCGAGCGCCAUAGUUACCUUGGAGACAGACGACAGCUGUGCAUCUCACUUCUCAGACGUGACACUCUCGUCAACACCAGGAAACCCCAGGGACCUAUGGAGCCCUGUAUGGCCACAUUCGUCAUCAGGUGGCAUGCAACAGGAGGAGGAUGGCAGGCAACGGAAACUGGGACCUCUGGCCAGUUUAUUCAGCAGGAGCUUGUUUGCCAGGAGGGUGAAGGAUAAUCGGUCAGUGGAGCAGAGAGAUCCAGGAUGGAAGCUGUUUGGGAAAGUCCCACCACGGGAAGGCCCCGUAAAAGACCCAAAAAGGAUCCAAAAGGAAUAUGAAACAAAAAGUGGCAGAGCUGGACCAGGCAACCCAACGUCUCCCAGGCAGAGUGUGAGGAAAAACCUGGACUUUGAGCCCCUCUCCACCACUGCACUUAUACUGGAGGACAGACCGGCUAAUUUACCUGCCAAGCCAGCUGAGGAGGCACAGAAGCACAGACAGCAGUAUGAAGAAAUGGUGGCCCAGGCCAAGAAAAGAGAGCUGAAGGAUGCUCAGAAGAAGAAGAAGCAGCUGGAGGAUCGAUGCAAACUGGAGGACAGCAUUGGCUCAGCCGCUCAGACCUGGAACCAGGAGAUUUUGCCGAACUGGAGUACAAUGUGUACGUCUCGGCGGGUUAGAGACCUGUGGUGGCAGGGCAUCCCCCCCAGCGUCAGAGGCAAAGUGUGGAGUCUGGCUGUCGGCAACGACCUCAACAUCACCCACGAGCUUUAUAGCAUCUGCCUGGCCCGGGCAAAAGAGAAGUGGAAAACCACACCAGCACCUUCCUCAGAGACUGAAACUGAAGAUGCUGGUUCAUCAGACCGGGAGUCGAGCCUAGAGCUGAUCAAGCUGGACAUUUCCAGAACCUUCCCACAGCUGUGUAUCUUCCAGCAGGGCGGGCCCUAUCAUGAUGUGUUGCACAGCAUCCUGGGAGCGUAUACUUGUUACCGGCCUGAUGUUGGCUAUGUGCAGGGAAUGUCGUUCAUAGCAGCAGUGCUGAUCCUGAACUUGGACACAGCUGAUGCCUUUAUUGCUUUUGCCAACUUGCUCAACAAACCCUGCCAGAUGGCCUUCUUCAGAGUGGACCACAGCCUUAUGUUGACUUACUUUGCAGCGUUUGAAGUGUUCUUUGAAGAAAAUCUACCAAAGCUUUUUGCACAUUUCAAGAAAAACAACUUGACCCCAGAUAUUUAUUUAAUUGACUGGAUCUUCACCCUGUACAGUAAGUCUCUGCCGCUGGACCUGGCGUGUCGGGUUUGGGACGUGUUCUGCAGAGACGGCGAGGAGUUUCUGUUCCGCACAGCGCUGGGGCUGCUCCGCCUCUACCAGGACGUGCUCACGUGCAUGGACUUCAUCCACAUGGCACAGUUCCUCACCCGCCUGCCCGACCUCAUCCCGGCUGAGCAGCUCUUCCAGCACAUUGCCGCCGUCCACAUGACCAGUCGAAACAGGAAGUGGGGACAGGUCCUGCAGGCCUUACAGAAAGACCAGGAGCGAGGCAGCCCGGUGCUGAAGCGCUGAGCUGAGAUCCCAGGAGGCACCGAGACCCUCACACACUAACUGACUCCACCAGCACCCCCCCUCCAGCCUCCAGGAACUCUGACCAGGCCUCAUGGACCUGAAGGAGACCUUGGUCCACAUACGGGACACACCCGUUCUUGGGGGGUUUUUGGUUCGAGUCCAGAAGAUCCAGCUGCUGUGAUAAACCUCCACUGUCUGAGACUGUUCUGACCAGAGCCAGGACCAGAACCAGAACCAGGAGGUGGUCUGCAGGUGAAGGGGCCGGGUUGUGAAGAGGAAUACGAGGCCUUAUUUAACUCCUCCUGCCACCCCCCCACCCCCCCUCUGUUCGGAGACCCAGUAGAGGACUGGACCCUGUAGCUGAAGAAUGUAUCCCACACUCCCACAGACCUGGACCCUGGACCUCCCAGGCCCGUUCAGGUCUGCACAGGCCGCGCUAUGUAGUGGUUUGGCACAUUUAACCUUAGAUUUGGCUUUUCUGACAAAACAAGAAGGACUUUUUCUAAAAUCUAGCUCGCCUGGCCAGUUUCUAAAAGUAUCUAAAUAUCCAGUGAAGCCCCGCAUUAGUGCACCUUUUAUCACAACAGUCUUUUUUACAUGACUGAGGUUCAGCUACAAUGAAAAUGAAGCAACAGAAGCAGAAGAAAACUCCAUUUUUUUUCUCUCCCCCUUUAACCCCCCACCCCCACCCCCCCUCUUUAACUGUCUGUCUGUCUGUCUGUCUCCUGAUCCCAUGAAGCUAGUUCAUCUAAAGAACCUCGAGAGCUUUUAUGGUUAUUGAAGAGAAAUGCAAAUAACAUGAAGACCUGCUUUGUGUCUGUGGAAGCACCAGGAUGUUACCGUUAAAGACGUGUGGAUGAGCUGUGUGUAAAACUAGUCUCACUGUGGAUUUACGGCACGUCCAUGGAAGUGGACUGUGUGCUGCUUCGGGCUGGGUAUCAUUAAUACUGUUGACACCAGUACUGAUACUAACAGAUUGGCUUUGAUACUUUCUAUGAAAAAAGGUCUACACUUCAGUAAAAGUGUCGACCUGCUGUAGUGAAGUUUUAUUUUUCAACUCAUCUGCGUUCUUACUAAGCAGUUUCAAAGCAUAAAUAUUAAACUAUAUACAACUUCCUAAAUUUCCACAGAAAGGAUAGAAAACAACCCAGUUUACCACACAUCUGUUCAUGUCGUAUUAAUAAAUGAAUGAAUAAAAGCGGUGUGUAUGUGCUGCGUGCACUGACACUGAUGAAAUUUACUUCUUAGGUGUGAAAUUUGGUGUCCAAACAAGAAGAUAUUCAAAAGUAAGGCUGCACGAUUCUGCCAAACAGUCAUAUUGUGUUUAUUCUGAAAGACACUGUGGUUGGAAUUUAUUUGCUCUGUU